AUGACAGAUGAAGAUAACACUGAUAUAGUGAGAGCUGAGAUAGCAGAAGAUCUAUGUGUGAUGCAUCAGCUGGAAGCACCAGAUGAAGAUAACACUGAUAUAGUGAGAGCUGAGAUAGCAGAAGAUCUAUGUGUGACGCAUCAGCUGGAAGCACCAGAUGAAGAUAACACUGAUAUAGUGAGAGCUGAGAUAGCAGAAGAUCUAUGUGUGACGCAUCAGCUGGAAGCACCAGACAAACACGUCAAUAGUUCAUAUCCAUCCUUCACUACAGGAAGCAUCAGAAUGAUACCGCAAACUCCAAUAGUCUUAGACACUAAUGACUAUUCACAAAUAUUGGCGAUUUCACAGCAGAUAUUUAAAGGAGAUGGGGAAUUGGCAGAAACUGGGAAGCAAUCAUUAUGUACAGAGAGUAAUUUAGUCAUCAAACAAGAGGACAUUUAUGACUUAUCUAGUAAAAUUAUUAUCCCCGAGGAUAAACCACACAUAUUUACUGAGUUUUCAAAACAUAUUAAAGAAGGGAAAAGUCUACAGUCUAGCCAAAUAAUUCAUACAAAGGAGAAACCUUUCAAAUCUACAGAAUGCGAAAAAAGCUUUAGAUGGAAGUCACAUCUACUAGAGCACUACAAAAUUUGCACAGGUGAGAAACCACACACAUGUACUGAGUCCGGCAAAUGUUUCACACAAAUGGAUCAUCUGAAAACUCAUAAAAAGAUUCACACAGGAGAUAAUCCUUUCACAUGUACAGAAUGUGGAAAACGUUUUACAGAAAAGAGUGUUCUGAAAACUCAUGAAAGGAUUCACACAUUAGAAAAUCAUUUCACAUGCACAGAGUGUGGAAAAAGAUUUACACAAAAGAGUGAUCUGAAAUAUCAUGAAAGGAGUCACACAGGAGAAAAGCCUUUCACAUGUACAGAGUGUGGAAAAAGUUUUACACGAAAGAGUGAUCUGAAAAAGCAUGAAAGGAUUCACACAGGAGAAAAACCUUUCACAUGUACAGAGUGUGGAAAAAGUUUUACAAGAAUGAGUAGUCUGAAAUAUCAUGAAAUGAGUCACACAGGGGAAAAGCCAUUCACAUGUACAGAGUGUGGACAAAGUUUUACAAGAAUGAGUAUUCUGGAAUAUCAUGAAAGGAGUCACACAGGAGAAAAGCCAUUCAGUUGUACAGAGUGUGGAGUACAUUUUUCACAAAAGUCCUAUCUCUUAACCCACAAAAGGAUUCACACAGGAGAAAAACCUUUCGUUUGUACAGAAUGUGGGAAAAUGUUUGCAGUCAAGUCAGCUUUCCAAAGACACCAACUUAUUCACACAGGGGAAAAACAUUUUACAUGUGCAGAGUGUGGAAAAGGUUUUACACUAAACAGUAAUCUGAAAACUCAUGAAAGGAUUCACACAGGAGAAAAACCGUUCACAUGUACAGAGUGUGGAAAAAGUUUUACAGCAAAGAGUGAUCUGAAAAGGCAUGAAAGGAUUCACACAGGAGAAAAGUCUUUCACAUGUACAGAGUGUGAAAAAAGUUUUACAGAAAAGAGUGAACUGAAAACUCAUGAAAGGAGUCACACAGGAGAAAAGCCUUUCACAUGUACAGAGUGUGAAAAAAGUUUUACAGAAAAGAGUGAUCUGAAAAAGCAUAUAAUGAGUCACACAGGAGAAAAGCCUUUCACAUGUACAGAGUGUGGAAAAAGAUUUACACAAAAGAGUUAUCUGAAAAAGCAUGAAAGGAUUCACACAGGGGAAAAGCCGUUCACAUGUACAGAGUGUGGAAAAAGUUUUACAAGAAUGAGUAGUCUGAAAUAUCAUGAAAGGAGUCACACAGGAGAAAAGCCUUUCACAUGUACAGAGUGUGGAAAAAGUUUUACACAAAAGAGUGAUCUGAAAUAUCAUGAUAGGAGUCACACAGGGGAAAAGCCAUUCACAUGUACAGAGUGUGGAAAAAGUUUUACUGGAAAGAGUGAUCUGAAAAAGCAUGAAAGGAUUCACACAGGGGAAAAGCCGUUCACAUGUACAGAGUGUGGAAAAAGUUUUUCACAAAUGGAUCAUCUGAAAACUCAUGAAAGGAUUCACACAGGAGAAAAGCCAUUCAGUUGUACAGAGUGUGGAGUACAUUUUUCACAAAAGUCCUAUUUCUUAACCCACAAAAGGAUUCACACAGGAGAAAAACCUUUCGUUUGCACAGGAUGUGGGAAAAUGUUUGCAGACAAGUCAGCUUUCCGAAGACACCAACUUAUUCACACAGGAGAAAAACCUUUUACAUGUGCAGAGUGUGGAAAAAGUUUUACACUAAACAGUAAUCUGAAAACUCAUGAAAGGAUUCACACAGGAGAAAAACCGUUCACAUGUACAGAGUGUGGAAAAAGUUUUUUACGAAUGGUUAAUCUGAAAACUCAUGAAAGGAUUCACAAAUGAAGAAACUUUUCACAUGUUUAGAAGCUGGAAAAGGGUUUCUAUGCAAGUCAGGUAUCACAAAAACAUAAUUUAUGCUUACCUGAUAAAUUUAUUUAUCUUGUGGUGU